GGCAGAUUAGGUUGAUUGGCGGCCUGACAACACAUAAACAUAAAUAUUUCCAAAACAGAGAAUUUUAAACAACCUUUUACAAAUCAUGUACAUAUGUACGACCAGUUUAUAGAUAAAUUUGAUCCUUGAAGUUUUAGAAUGCCAAGUGCUGGUGCUGUUUGUCCCCCUCAAAUUACUCCUUUACGUAAACACAUACCUGGUAUCGUAAAGUCAAAGGUUGAUACUACAACUUUAAUUGAAUUAGUUUCAGAUACUCCUGAUUGUAAAUUAUACUUUACCUCUGAUGGCAGUAAACCAUCAGCCUUCCAGAGGAAGAUAGGUGGGAAGGAAGUCACAUUUAAGUAUGUAGGCCCAUUUACACUAAGAUCUGGCAAAAGAACUCUCAAAGCCAUUGCUGUCAGCAGAGAUGGGAUGCGAGAGAGUGACGUUGUCACAAAACAGUUUAAUGUGGAAGAUAUUGGUGCUCCAACUGCAGAUUAUACCACAGAUGACUACAACAGUUUCUUUGAAACAUCAGACCUAGACACAGACUGUACAUUGACAUCAGGAUCAACAUUAAAGUCAUCACAUAAAAAAUCAAAUCUAAAGAAGAAACCUCAGAGGAGUACAACACCAAUCAGAAGUAAAUCCCCUCUCAGGAAGACCAAGACACCAAAAGAAGCAUGGGCCAGUAGUAGUUCACCUGUUCUAGAUGUGGGAGCUUAUGAUGGACCAGAAUAUCCCACCCCUGAGAUACCAGAUGGACCAUUUAAUCCUGUGAAUUACUCAGGAACACAGAUAAAUGUAUGGGGAGGUAAUCCUAAUGCAUGGCCAGGCAUGAAUGCUAACAGUGGCGCAGUUACAUUUGGUCAUCCUAAUCAGGGAAUGUCACCUUACUCUACACAAUUUGGUUACCUUACAGAAAAUAUGAUUCAGGGUUGUAAUCCAGAAAACAGACAUGUUACAGUUGGAGAACUUAGAAAAUCAAUGGAAGGAAGAAAACCUCAAAUAAAAGAAAAACCUCCUUCUCCACCUCCAAGUCCGCCCCCUCCUGCUAUAGAAUAUCCACCAAAAGAUCCUGUACCAAAUACUAUUAGUCCUGGAAAUGGUGAUUUUAAAGAAAAUAUACGUCAUGUAUAUGCCCAUAUGCUUGAAUAUGCAAAAGGAAAUAAAGAUUUCAGAUUGAAGGUAGCAGAGCCAAAAAUGGGAAAGAUGUUAGAAGCAAAGUUUGAAGAUGAAGGUGAUGGAUAUAGAGUCUCAGUUGUCAUGGCAAAGCCAGGUGUGCCCAGGGGAUCUGUUCGAAAACCACCCAAAGUUGAGCCUAAAGUAGAACCAAAGAAAAAGACAAAUGGCAAUGGUAAACCAAAACCUAAAGAAACACCUCCACCUAAAAAGUCUGAUCCAUAUUUUGCCAUGGAAACAGAAAAUUUAGAGACUGAAGGGACAGUGAAACCAUAUGAUAAAUUCAAUGCUGAACAAGAUGCUGAAGUCUUAAGAAAUGCCAUGAAAGGACUUGGAACUGAUGAAGAUUCAAUCAUCAAUGUGUUAGCAUAUAGAUCUAAUCCUCAACGACAUGAAAUAUAUACUACGUACAAAACAAUGUUUGGAAAGGAUUUGAUAGAAGAUUUGAAGGGUGAAUUAAGUGGAGGAUUUUUAGAUACAUGUAAAGCAUUGUUGAUGCAGCCAGCUCAAUAUGAUGCUUACUUGCUACGCAAAGCAAUUAAGGGUCUUGGAACUGAUGAAGAUGUGCUGAUAGAAAUUUUAUGUACCAGAUCAAAUGCUCAAAUAACAGAAAUCAAAAGAGUGUACAAAGAAAAAUUUAAUAAAGAAUUAGAAAAAGACAUUAUAGGAGAUACAUCAGGACAUUUGAAGCGUCUCUUAGUGGGACUGUGUCAGUCUAAUCGUAGUGACAGUAAUGAGGUAGACAGAAACAAAGCUCACCAAGACGCAAAGGCUAUGUAUGAAGCUGGGGAAAAGAAGUGGGGAACUGAUGAAUCUAGAUUUAAUGUCAUUCUUGUGUCAAGGAGCUAUCCACAACUCAGGGCAACUUUUGAAGAAUAUAAGAAAAUUUCUAAAAAAGAUAUUGAAGAUGCUUUGAAGAGCGAGAUGUCAGGAGACUUAUUAAGAGGAUUCCUAACGAUAGUACGAUGUGUAAAGAACAAAGCUGGACAUUUUGCUAGACAGUUGCAGAAGACCAUGAAAGGAUUGGGAACUGAUGAUGAUACACUUGUCAGAAUUGUUGUAUCUAGAUGUGAAAUUGACAUGGUACAGAUAAAAGAAGAAUUCCAGAAACUUACUGGACAAAGUUUGGAACAGUUUGUAGCUGAUGAUUUAAGCGGAGACUACAGAAAUAUAAUAUUGUCUAUAGUAACAGGAGGUCCACCACCAGAAUCUGCUGCUAAAUCUGGCAAAGCAUUUGUAGAAGCUGUUAAAAAUAAAACAGAAGAAGAACUUGAUGAAGAAGUCAAAAUGGAAUCCGAAAAUAUACAGGAAGACCCUACUGUAAAAGCAGCUGAAAACUUUAAUGCAGAAAAUGAUGUAGAAGUUUUAAGGAAAGCUAUGAAAGGAUUUGGUACUGAUGAAAAAGCUAUUAUAAAUGUCUUGGGUUUUAGAGACAAUGCUCAGAGAUUAGAAAUUGCCAAAUCUUUUAAAACUAUGGUUGGAAAGGAUUUGAUAGAUGAGUUGAAGGGAGAAUUAAGUGGAGGAUUGAAGAAAUUAUGUGUAGGUCUGUGUAUGAGUUCUCCAGAUUUUGAUGCCAUGAAUCUCAACAAAGCCAUCAAGGGUUUAGGCACAGAUGAACAAGUUCUAGUAGAAGUUAUAUGUACUAGGAGUAAUGAACAGAUAAAAGCAUUUAAAGAGGCAUAUAAAAGAUUAUAUAACAAAGAAUUAGAAGCUGACGUAGCUGGCGAUACCUCGGGUAAUUUCAAACGACUGCUAGUUGGUUUAUUACAAGCGAACAGAGAUGAAAGUAAAGAAUUUGAUAGAAACAAAGCUAAACAAGAUGCUCAAGCCCUUGUAGAGGCUGGAGAAAAGAAAUGGGGCACAGAUGAGUCGAGAUUUAAUGUUAUUUUGGUAUCUAGGAGCUAUGCCCAGUUACGUGCAACAUUCCAGGAGUAUGCAAAGGCAGCUAAUAAAGAUAUAGAAGAUACUCUGAAGAGUGAAAUGUCUGGUGACUUACUCAAAGGCUUCUUAGCUGUUGUAAGAUGCAUUAGAAGCAAGAGUUCUCAUUUCUGUGAUGAGCUGUACAAAUCUAUGAAGGGAUUGGGAACUGAUGAUGAUACGCUAUGUAGAGUACUAGUGUCUAGAUGUGAAGUAGACAUGGUUCAAAUCAAAGAAGAAUUCCAGAAAAAAUACAAACAAACACUGGCUAUGUAUAUCAGUGAUGAUGUCAGUGGUGACUACAAAGAUUUAUGUUUAGCUUUGUUAGGAGAACAGCAAGCAGCACCUGCAGAGAAGAAGAAAAAAGGAUUUUUCUCAUAAAGAAUGGUGAAGCAAUGAUGUGGAACAGUUACCCAGAAUUAUAAUAAAGAGACUCAUUGAAUUAUAGAUAUAUUGGAUCUUAGAAUAGGAUAUACCGGUAGACUGUUAUAGGGACCAAGCUUUAAAUGUUAGAUAUAGAUAAAAGGGAUAUUAUAAAGCUAUUGCAUUUUACAACAUUAUAUGAUAUAGAAUAUGUAUAUGUACUGCAGUUAAAUUCUGCUAUGUAUUAUAAAUACUUGUAUUGAAGAAACAAAUAGAAAGUUAACUAUUUGAUGGAAAGAUGAUACAAUGGCUUAUGAUGGUCGUUCCAAAAAUUACUUUUAAAGACUUAGUUUUCUUAUACACUUAGAUCACAAAAAACAAAACUAAAUCUUAUCAUGUUUUCAGUAUAAUCUCCAUCCAGAAUAUUUCUUCAAUUCAUAAAAUAUUAAUUGAUAAAAUUAUGCUAAUUUUUAAAUUGAUAAGAACACCAGGUACAGAGGAUCAGGGAUCUGUACGAAUUUUAAUUGAAGACAUAUUACUCUAUAUUUUCAUUUCUUUCACUUUGGGAAAGUAUAAGAGUCAGCCAAUAUUAUAUUAGCGUGUAUCUGUUUUUCAGUAUGUUAACAAUAUUCUGAUAAAGCUGAUGAAAUGAGACUCCAAUACCUAAUUUUUACUUUAAAAACUGAAAUUUUACUUUGUAAUGUAAGAAAUAUUGAGGGUAAUUUGAAUUAUGUAAUGUUCUUCAAGAUAAUAAUUGUUUUGUAAUCAUUUUACAACUGUAGCCAUGACCUGCCAAAUGUCUUCUGAUACUGUUGUAGUUCAUUAUUUUAUAUUUGUUUUGUUUUCUUGGUGCCUAUUACAUAUGUUUGUAUGUAGCUCUAUUUGUUUAUAUUGCUAACCCUGUUCAUGAACUUAGCAUUUUAAUUGUAAUCUUUUCAUUCCAUCACAUUACCUUAAAAGGUAUUUUUAUAUUUAAUGUUUCUGAAAUAGAGGGUUUUGUGUUGAUAUAUAUACUUAUUUCAAGACUCGAGAUAAAUAAAUAUUAACAGACACUUUCUAAUAAUACAACAUUCCGUCAGUUUUAUUUUUCUGAAAUAGAAUAAUUAAAAGCUUAUUUGCAAUUGUGAAUAAUUAAGUGUCUACAUUCUAAUAGGUAAUUUAUUUCUGUGACAUUCCAUCUUGUUUUGUCUAUUCUCAAUGACAAUGUCUUAUUUAUAUAAAAAAGUAAUGAAAUAAUACAUUUUGCAUUUAUAUGUUAGACAAACUAUAUAGAAAGAAUUUAUAUAAUUUAGGAUGUUUGAUUUUUUGGUUGUAGAUUACCUUUUAAAUUCAAUGACUAUAUGUUUAUAAUUUAAAAUCCAUUUUUAUGUGCCUGUCAAGGACAAAUGUACCAUAAAAUAUUAUUUCCCAUUUUUUGGAAGACACACAUGAAAUCAAGCUCAUUGAUUGAAAAAAAAAAAAAUUUUUUGCCAAAUUUUAUACCGUCAUUCACAACCAAUUUGAAAAUUCAACAAAUUUGUUAUAAAACAUUCUGUUAGUUUUUAUCAGAAACUUUGGAACUUUUUCAGAAUGUUGAUGGCUGAGCUUUUUUUUUAAUUCAUUUUGUCAUUCCAAUAAUUUUUUUGUAAAGGUUUAUUUGUUACUAUCUGUGAUAAUUGUUUACUAUAUUUUGUAAAUGCAUGUCUUAUUGUUAGUCUUAAAUAAUAUAUUAAAUAAAAAGAAAUAAAUGAAAUGAAAUAUU